AUGUCAGACGGAUCCGAGCCGGCAAAAAGAAUGAAAAUAGCUGAAAGCGACGAAGCAGAAAACAUCGAAGUUGACUUGGAAGAGUUCCCAGUCCAGGUUAGCCGAAAUUCUGUCAUUUUUCGCUAUUUUGAAGCAUUCAGACACGUCCUCCAUACACUCGAACUCACCGAAUUGUCCGUGACGAUCCGGCAAAACACAAUCUGCUCCUGAUUCUGACCGGAAGCAUCGCAGUAAUGAAAGCCAACGAAUUGAUUAGCGAAUUGUACGAGAGGUGCGGAAAAGAUCGACUUUCCAUCAAGGUUUCCACAAUUUUGCUCUAUCAGAUCAUCCAAAAUUCCAUUAAUUCCAGCUUGUACUAACUGAAAACGCGGCGAAAUUGUGUAGAGUUCAAAAACUCGAAUUCGAAGAGUUUGUGUACGAGGACAGAGACGAAUGGUCCAUGUGGAGAGAGCGUGGAGAUCCCGUUCUUCAUAUUGGUCUGUUUAAAACUAAAUCGACUGUUCAAAAAAAGUUUGUAUUCCAGAACUGCGUAAGUGGGCGGAUUCUGCAUUGAUCGCUCCGCUUGACGCCAAUACAAUGGCGAAACUCGCGAACGGACUGUGCGACAACCUGGCGACGUCGCUGAUGCGUGCGUGGGAUCUCUCGAAGCCGUGCUACUUUGCGCCGGCGAUGAACACGCACAUGUGGGAGUCGCCGCUCACCCUCCAGCACCGGACCGUCCUCCGAUCGCAGUUGAAGUUCAAAGAGAUCUGUCCGAUUCAGAAGGAGCUCGUGUGCGGAGACGUCGGAAACGGCGCGAUGGCCUCCGUCGGCGCCAUCGCCUCGCUCAUCACCGCACUCGUCAGAGAUCAGCUCGCGAUUCGAAGCAAGCAUUCCGAAUAUUGA